AUGGGAAAAAAAAUAAAGAAACAAACAGUUUUACCAUUAAAUGUUAAACCAAAGGGAUUAACAAAAAAAGUACAAUUACCAAAAGAUCAAAAUUUAACAAUUAAAGAAUUAACAAAAUAUGAUAUCCUCUUUAAACAAGGUGAAAAGAAUGUAUCAAAAACUUCAGACUUUGUAGAAGUAGGUGAAGAUGAAGUUGAUAGUGAAGAAGAUGAUUAUUUUAAAAAUUCUUCAUUUUUAAAAUCAAAUUUAACUGAUGAUGCUAAAUUUCAAAAAUUAUCAUAUUCUAAACAAUUAGAAAAUGAAUAUGAAGAUCCAAAAGAAAAAUCUAAAGCAGAAGAAUCAGUUAAACAAUUAAAAAAAAGAAAAUCAAUUGAUGAUGAUGAAGAAGAGGAAUAUAAUGAAUUAGAAGAAGAUGAAAUAUAUAAUGAAAAGAGUGAUGAUGAUGACGAUGAUGAUGAUGAUGAUGAUGAUAUUGAAAAUGAAAGAGAAAAUGAUGAAAAUAAAAGAGAAUGGAAAUUAGAAACAGUUGUUAAAAAGAGAUUACCAAUUAAAACACAUGAUGGUAGAAUGAAAACAAUUACUCAAGUUAUCACAGCAAAGGAAUUAAAAGAAACUAAAGAAAAAAAUGAAAAAACUAAAGAACAAUUAAUUGAACAAGUUACAAAAGAAAGAAAUGCCAAAAAUAAACAAAAAGGUAAAAAACCAACAGCAACACCAACAACAAUUUCAAAAGAAGUAAAUAAACAAAUUAAAGAUGCACCACAAAAGAAACAAAAAAAAAAAGAUAAUGAUGAAUCAUCAGAUGAAAGUGAUACAGAGAUUGAGAAUUUAGAUGUUUUAGAUAGAGAUAUUGAUGAUAAUGAAUUUAAUGAUAAUUCAAAAUCAUUGAACAGUAAUAAAGAUGAUGACUUUUCAAAAUUAUCAGAAGGUGAAAGAUAUUUAAAAGAACAAGAAUUAAUUGAGAAUGCAAAGAUGAGUUUAGCAAAAGCAAGUUCAUUGAUUAUUUCAAAUCCAGAGAAUAACAUUCAAGCAAUUAAAGAAUUAUUUUCAAUUUGUAUCAAUAAUAAAAACAUUGUUAUUAAAAAGUAUAGUAUUUUAUCAUUAUGUGCAGUAUUUAAGGAUAUCAUACCAGGUUAUAAGAUUAAUAAAGAUUUGGCAGACGAGAUUAAAAAUGGCCAAACCAGUGCCGACGGUGCAGGACAGCCAAAGCAAAAACUUUCUAAAGAGAUUAAAAAGAUUAGAGAAUAUGAGAAAAAGCUAUUGAAAUUCUAUCAAAAUUAUUUAGUAUUAAUUGAAAAUUCAAUUAGUAAUAUUCUAUCAUUAUUGGCAAGAAAAGUACCAAAUACCAAUGGUAUUGGAUUCUUUAAAAUCAAUGGUACCAACUAUAGUAAUAAUGAUUUAACAUCAUUAUUACAAUGUAUUUUGAAGGCUGUUUCAACAUUAUUAAUCACUCAUCCACAUUUCAAUUUCCGUACCAAUUUAGUCACAAUCACAUCACGUUUUACAGUUUACAAAGAUAAAGAUAUUGCAAUGAUGUGUUUGGAAGCCGUUAAAUCAUUAUUUGAACAUGAUUCAACUGGUGGUGAAACUUCAUUAGAGGUAGUACGUUGUUUGGCAAAUGUAGCAAAAUCUGCAAACUAUUUAAUUGAUCCAAAGGUUGUACGUGUUUUCUUGGCAAUGCGUUUAACAGAUGUAAUCGAGAAAAUCAAUCCAUUCGGGUUCGCAUCUGAUGAGGCAAAGUUGGGUAAAAAAGAUAGAAAGCAUCUAACUCGUACUGAAAAGAAGAAAAGAAAAGAAGAUAAAUCAUUAGAUAAAGAAAUGAAAGAGGCAGAAGCUGAAUUCUCAGUAAAGGAGCAAAAAUUCCUUCAAACUGAAAUUUUAAAGGCAAUAUUUAUUCUUUAUUUUAGAAUUAUAAAGAAAGCACCAAAUUCACCUGCAUUGACAUCGGUAUUGGAAGGGUUGGCUAAAUUCUCCCAUUUGAUAUCUGUGGAUUUCUUGGGUGACCUUUUGAAGGUACUUGGUGACUUGAUUGAGAAUGGUAUCACUUCUAUUGCCAAUGCAUUCAAUACCAAUAUCACCGCCUUUAAGACUAUUAAACUCCAUGGUGGCUCGUUGAAUGUCGAUUUGAAGGAUUACUACGUCCGUGUCUACUCCCUCCUCACCGACAUGGUUUUACCUAAAGAGCAUGGUGUGAUCGUAACUGCCUUGGACGCCCUACAAUUAAUGUUGGGUGACAAGAAGCAAACCGCCGUUGAAAGAGUUGCAUCAUUCAUUAAACGUCUCUCAACCAUCGCUUUGUUUUUACCACCACAUGCAUCAUUGGCAUUAGUUUCAUUCAUUAAACAAUUAUUUAUAACUUAUCCACAAACCCAACGUUUACUUGAAACCGAUUCAACUUUCUCUGGUGGUGACUACGUUCCAGAGGCACAAGAUCCUGAUCAUUGUAAUCCAUUCGCUUCAACUCUAUGGGAACUAUCAUUGUUAACCAAUCACUGGCAUCCAAAAUUCGAACCAAUCUUAAAAAGAAUCUUAUCAUAUAAUGAAUCACAAAUGUCCUCUCAACAUGUUACUCGUGAACGUUCACCAUUGGAAUUAUAUCGUUCCUAUGAUAAUAGUAAAGGUGGUUUCAAUCCACCAAUUGAAUUACCAAAAGAACAUCAUUUACUUGGUAAAAUGCGUAAAUUAAAAAAAUCAUUUAAAAAUCGUGAAAUUCAAGUUUUCAUCACUCCUCAAAAACAAUUUGAAAAAUCAUCUUUCCUUAAUCAAUGUCAACAACAAACCUCUGAUAAAGAAAUUCAAAAACAAAAUAUUACUUUUGAUAAUUAUUUUAAUGAAAAUAAAGAUUUUAAUAAUCAAAUGAAAUUAUUUAAAAAAUUGGAAAAUUUAAAAAAUUUAAAAUCAAGAUUGGAUUCUCAAAAAUCUCAAAAAUCUCAACCACAAAAGAAAAAUACCAAGAAAAUUUUAAAUACUAAAUAA